AAGCCCGUAAUUUCUAAUAGGACGUGUGUGAGUUAUUUUCAUAAAGACAAUAUUCAUGAUAGUUGCUCAGUUCAUUUUAUUGUUCCAAUUUCACUUGAAGUAAGAUAUUCCGGGGGAGGGUGGGGGGUGGAAUCUAGGGGGGUUUCAGAUAUGCUGGAAUUUCCAGAAAUCGGGGUUUUCCUCAAAGGUGUCAGACUGAACUUGCUUUCAGCCAUGUGACUGCUUGUUUACCGUGAGUUUAGAGAAAAUGUCACCGUUUCAUUGGUUUUUCAGGUCUUGUAUUAAAUUUGAGAUACUAAAGAAAUAAAUUGAUAAACAAAUAAAUUAUUUUUAAUUAUCUCUCUUCAACAAAUAAAAAAAUAAUGAUAUCACAUAAACAAGCAACGUAAAAAAAACCCCCCAACAUAAAUAAAUAAAGUGAUCAGGAGAGAUUUUCCACCAGUGCAUUAUGGCAUCAGCCAUUAUAGGAUUAGAAAUGCAAUGCCAUAUCAACAAAGUCUAUGAUGUGAGAUAUGGUCUGCUUUUGGAUAUUUUGGAGAUUGUAAACAGAGGAAAACAUUUAAGCUUGCUGAAGUAUGACGAAGAUGGAGGAAGACAAUUUGGAUUCUUGGUAAAAUAAGAAAAAAAUUGGGGCCAUCAUGCAAUUUUCAAACAAUAUCCUAAUUCUAACAGACAAAGCUUGAUGGUAAUGAAAAUGGUAAUCAGGAUCUGACCUACUGAGUAGGUUUGUGUGGUUCUGUCUUCAAAAUAGACACAGUCUUUGUAAAACUGUUUAAAAGUCCAGCAACUCAAAAUAAUUUGAUACUGAUGUGGUUAAAAGAUGAACUAUUUUCUUUUGUGUAAAGGCAAUACACAAAAGUACAAAUACACAAGAUGUUCAACAUUCUUCAUUAUAAUUUUUUUGUUAUUAUUUUUUGUGACACUUUCUUUCUGGUAAUAUUCUAACUUUUAUUGUUGUUUGUUUUGUUUUUUUCAAUUUUAUUCUAAUACGAUUAUGACUUGUAACACCCUCGUCACACUACAUUUUUCUACAUUAUGAUAUUAUUAUCAUAAUAUUAUGACUUUGUUCUAUUGAUUCCAUUUUUUCCUUAGCUAAUGCUCCAUUGUGUCCUAGAAAUGAUUGAAUUUUUUUUUUAAAAAGGCUAGUUUUAGCCUUUCGUUUGUAAAUAUAACAUGGCUGAGAAGUUUCUGGCAUCCAGUUAAUUGAUUUGAAUUAGCAUUUAAAAGAAACAGGAAGUACCUCCUGUCUGGCACACAGUAGCACAUGACUGCACUGACCCUCUGUAAUUGUAAACGCGUGUAACCCAUAAGGUCAAUAAAUUCCUUGCUACACUAUAACUACUGCUUACUCAACAUCCAGCCACAUAAAGUGGCCUGUUGUUUUUGAUGAGUCAGCGAGACUAUCCCACAGUUCGGACGAGGAAUGAAACUGGUGUUAAAGCGGCUCUGACUUGAACAGGUGUUCACUUUCAAAAAAAAUAAAAAAUAAAAAAAACCGUCGGAUGGCUGACCCGUUUGUUCCAGUCCAUUUAGCUGUCAACUGGUUCAUAGUGAAUAGCUCCAGUUUGAAUAGAGGGGCUUCUACGCUCACCGUAGAUGAGGCCUGCAGGAGACCCAGAGGAGAGCAGAGUGACAGGCCAGGGAACACCGAGGAAGAGGAGACACCCAUCAGCGCAACUCUGCUGGGCUAUGAGAUUCUGAGGGAGAGGGAAAAGUUCACGGUUUAUAAGAUUCUUAUAAAGAGGCCUGAAGGAGGCAGCUGGCUGAUCUUCAGAAGAUACGCAGACUUCUGCAUACUCAGUUAUCAGCUCAGAGAGCUGUUCCCCCGUUUCCAUCAAGCGCUGCCUCCUAAACGACGAUUCAAAGACAACUAUGAUGGAAGUUUUCUAGAGAAAAGGCGUUUCGGACUGCAGACUUUUCUGGAGAAUCUGAUGUUGCACAAAGAUAUUAGCACAAGCGAACCUGUGAGAUAUUUUCUGUCUGUGGACGACCCAUCGAGUCCCUUUUACAGUACGGAGGAAAGCAGGGCAUUUUGUGAAACUCUGGAGCAAAAGAAUCAUCUUCUCCUCAGAGAACUCCUGGAAAAACAGAGAGAAGUUGACUCGUUAACCAAGUCUUUAGAGGAUAAAGAGAACUACAUCGACCUGCUGUGGAGGAAAGGCAGGGCUUUGAACAUUCCAGAUUUGGAAUUCCAUCCACACAAAAAGGAAGACACAAAUGUGAACGAACAGAUGCAAAAUCUGGGAAUUCUCAGAAUGACAAAGGGAGCCAAGGAAGAAUUAAAUCAAGACACAAGCUGGAACUAGAAGCUUUUUAUCUUGAACCAUCAGUAAAGAAAAAAAUUAACUAGUUAUAUAAGAAAAUAUAUUGAAAUAGUCUUUUUUGUGUUAGUGUUCUUGAUGUGCUGAAGCGUAAAUGUUUUUUUUUUUUUUUUCAUUUUCCGUACCACUGAUGAACAAUACAGUCAGGGCGCAGCAGCAGUAAUGUGUGAUUUACCUGGGAUUUUUUAAAAAAAGUGAGGUUCUGUGCAAAGAUUGUGAACAGUAAAUAUAUUACUUGCAGUAGGUCAAGUCUUCAAAGAUGAAAACUUCACAAUUUUAUUCACCUUUACAUAUUUUAAAAGGACUUGCAUUUCAGAGUGGAUGAUUUAGUUUCGGAAUUCGAUUAUGCCACUAGGAGUAAGUGUGUUGCAUGCGCAUCAGUAGGAGAGGAAGUAAAGAUGUUUGUUAACUGACUGCAAUCGUUUUAUAUCCAAAAACGGUUUCAGUGUAACUGUUUUGAAGACUGAAUAUUAGUGUCUUAAUCCAUCAGCUGAAAUCAGCAGAGGUGACAUGUAGGAAAUGACCACAAGGUGGUGCUGUACAUCCAAGAGUGAAGCUACUGAACCCAGAGGCAUGUUGGUGAUUCUUAAAAGCCUAAGCAGGACAAUAAGCAGAAGUUUUGUUGUUCACACUUUCGAAGCAAUAUAAAAUUUGCACAUUUAUGUCUGAAAGGAGAGCUGAUUCAUUCUAGUCCUGUUGUAGGACUGAAUGGCCUUUUCAUGCCUCUUCACUAGAAAUAUAUCCAAAUACAAAAUAAACCUCUGAAAAGGCUUUUAGCUGCCAUCCAUGACAUUAAAAACGCCUGCUAGCUUUUAAGAAAGGACUCAUGUGUGGGAGUCUAAAAUAACAGGUGAAAACAUUGACUAUCAGGAUUUGAGCCAUACCUAAAAUCAAUAAAUUAGAAUAUGUUCACUGAUGUGGACUAUCUUUUGAAAAUAACUUUUAAUCAAGUGUUAAAGCUGCUUUUAACUAAGCCCACAGUUUUUGCAUAGUAAUAUAUACAUAUUUUAUUAGUUUGAUGUAAUACUGAAAU